AUGUGCAAUGUACGGGUGCUGACUGCAUCCAGCUUCUAUGGCGCAGGUCAAUUCAUGAAUCCAGGUCCCGCUCCCCGUCCUCCUACCGAUCGACCUCGACACAUCGACCUGCAACGAUCCAAUACCUCUCUAUCGACUGCUACCUUUGAAUCCAUGUCAAUGGGUGCCCCCUCCUCCCCUGCGCUCAGUACACCCAGUGGGCCGUAUUUCUCCAACGGUAGUUCUUUGUCACUGGUAGGAGCCGGGAAAUCUUCAGCGUCCAUUACAAUCAUCAAAGAGGGCUAUGUGCGCUGCAAAGAAGACAGGCUUCUGUCACAGUGGAACCAACGAUACCUAAUUCUCCGAGAAUUUAGAUUGGACUUCCUCAAGAAUGAAAAUGGGAAGGUGAUGCAGACCAUCCAACUGAACACGAUUACCGGUGUAACACGCUCGGAGGAUACUCGAAUGGCGUUCGAAAUCACCCGAGUUACCAACCCCAAAGAAGCGAACGGAAAGAUCAUCAUGAGCCGCGAUAUGCCCACCCGGACUAUCACCUGUGAAGUCCACAAUGACGACGAAAUCUACGAUUGGAUUGACAAGAUCUACGAAAGAUGUCCGGGCAUGGGGGGCGUUAGUAACCCGACGAAUUUCAGUCAUCGCAUCCAUGUUGGCUUUGACCCGCAGACUGGCGGCUUUACUGGGUUACCUCAAGAGUGGGAGAAACUUUUGAACAACUCGGCCAUCACGAGAGACGAUUACAAGAAAAACCCGCAGGCGGUCAUCGAAGUCCUCCAAUUUGUUUCUGACCAGAAGAUGCGAGAGCAACAUCCAGAAAUGUACACACCCGGCAUGGUCACUCCCCCAGCAUCACAAUCCAACAAGCAACUUGGCUACCCUACCGGUGUUAACAGUGUUGCUCCUCCAAGACCAGCGCCGCCCACGGAUGCUCAGCGCUAUAAUGCUAAUCAAUUCAUGAGCAAAUACCAGGACGGCCAGGCACGGUCGGGUACACCGCCUCUGAAGCCUCAAUUGCAACGAGCGCAGACUGAUAAAGGAGCCUAUGACAUGGAAGCCGAUGCCGCACGGAUUAAAGAGAUUGCCAUGCAAGAACAGAAACGCCGCCAGCUGGAAGCCGAGACCAAGCGAGCACGGGACUUGGAAAAACAGCGGGAGCAGGAGCGGGAGGAAGCGGAGCGGACUCGUCGAGAACAAGAAGCAUACAAUGCAUCCUUGCCCAAGACUCGGCCCCCGUUGGCUCAACAAGAGGUUGGCGGUUUUUCAGGUGGUUCUGAUCGUACGCCGAACAGACAAGACCCUCGAUACAAUCCUGCAAGAGCUGCCCCAAGUGCUCCUCAGCAAUCACCUUCAGCUGCUCUCCGACAACAGCCUAUUGCACAGCGACCAGCCCCUUCUGCACCUACUACCAGCAACUCCCAAAAAUCCAUUCCUCAAUCUUCCUCGGCCGGCCAAAGUUCUCUACGAUCACCAGAAAGUAGAGAGCGAGAUCGACAACCUUCCCCGAACGCUCGGUACCAACCAGAAAGGGAAGCGCCACGCAAAGAUGCCGCCCUAAAGCAGCAAGCCAACGGCGCCAAUGGACAGGCGCCAGGUCGCUCGCCAGGAUCUGUACAGCAACCAAAGCCUCUGAACGUUGCAAAGCAACAGCAAACCAAGCCUGGCGCUGACCCACGCAAAGAUGCUGAGAUUGCACUGUCCGCGAAGAAGCCGGUUGAGGAACGAGCAAAGGAGGUUCGCAUGUCCAGUAUGAGCGAGAGCGAAGUUAUGGCCAAGCUUAAGCAGGUUGUUUCUAAAGACAACCCCAUGGACUCGUAUAGCAAGCAGAAAAAGAUCGGCCAAGGGGCCUCUGGUUCGGUCUACGUCGCCAGGGUGAAGGAAAGCGCGCCUUCCCCCGUGGCACGGGAAAUCUACCGUACACAUGGCCCCAAAGGUCAGGUUGCCAUUAAACAGAUGGAUCUUCGAAAUCAGCCACGCAAGGAGCUCAUUGUCAACGAAAUCAUUGUCAUGAAAGAUUCGAAACACCCCAAUAUCGUCAACUUCCUCGAUUCCUUCCUGCAAGAGCAGAACAACGAGCUCUGGGUGGUGAUGGAAUUCAUGGAGGGUGGUGCACUCACAGAUAUCAUCGACAACAACCCGGUGAUCACAGAAGAUCAGAUUGCCACCAUCUGCUUUGAAACCUGCAAAGGCCUUGCUCAUCUACAUUCCCAGGACAUCAUCCACAGAGAUAUCAAGAGUGACAAUGUGUUGCUCGACCGCGUGGGGAAUGUCAAGAUCACUGAUUUCGGAUUUUGUGCUAAGCUCACCGAAUCAAAGAGCAAGCGCGCAACAAUGGUCGGCACACCCUACUGGAUGGCGCCGGAGGUUGUGAAGCAGAAAGAAUAUGGCCCCAAGGUUGACAUCUGGUCACUUGGUAUUAUGGCCAUCGAGAUGAUCGAAUCCGAGCCACCAUAUCUGAAUGAGGAACCACUGAAGGCACUCUUCCUGAUUGCAACCAACGGCACUCCUCGACUGAAGAAUCCCAACAAGCUUUCCCGAGAGCUCAAAGCGUUCUUGAGCGUUUGUCUGUGUGUCGAUGUUAGAAGCCGCGCCAGCGCAGACGAACUAUUACGGAACGACUUCAUGCGAAUGGGAUGCAGUCUUGCCAGUCUAAGCGAACUGCUCAAGUGGCGGGAAAAGGGCCGACAAUGA